AUGAGGAAGAAUACGAAGUUGAAAAGAUUCUGGACUCAUGCAUCUAUCGCAGACAGCUCCAAUAUCUCAUCAAAUGGAAAGAAUACAGACAAGGUGAACAAAUGGAUUCCUGCCAAAGACGUCCACGCAAAAGAACAUCAAACUCCACAGUUACUUUAA